GAAAAUUCUGUUGCACAUUUUCAUGGAGUGGCUGCGUAUCGUGGUGUUAUUUUCGACGUUAGCAAUUCAUGUAUCAUGGGGUCUAGAGAGCACUACUGGUUCGUUACCGGAGCUGAGUCAACUGAGUCGGGAGUUGCUGGACUCGGCCAGGGAGCCCGAGUUCUUUGAUUGGUUGAGAAAAGUCAGGAGGAAAAUCCACGAGAACCCUGAGCUCGCCUUUGAGGAGGACGAGACGAGCCAAUUCAUAAGAUCGGAGCUCGACUUGCUUGGGAUAGAGUACACGUGGCCGGUGGCCAAGACUGGAGUGGUUGCCUCCAUCGGUUCUGGGUUGCAGCCAUGGUUCGCUCUCAGGGCAGACAUGGAUGCUCUCCCAAUUCAGGAAUUGGUUGAGUGGGAGCACAAGAGCAAGAACCCUGGGAAGAUGCAUGCUUGUGGCCAUGAUGUUCAUGUAACCAUGCUGCUUGGAGCUGCUAAGUUACUUCAGCUCAAGAGUAAACAAUUAAAGUCAAGCUUAAUUGUUUUUCAACCUGCAGAGGAGGGUCAUGCAGGGGCAUACCAUAUGUUAAAAGAGGGUGCUCUUGAUGGAAUUCAUGGCAUUUUUGGAUUACAUGUUUCACCAGAAAUGCCGACUGGUUCAAUUGGUUCUAGACCUGGUCCAUUUCUUGCUGGUGCUGGUAGAUUUUUAGUCACAGUUCAGGGAAAAGGUGGACAUGCUGCAGCUCCCCAUUUGACUGCAGACCCAAUUCUUGCAGCCUGCUCGGUCAUCCUUGCGCUCCAACAGAUUGUAUCUCGAGAAACUGACCCUCUAGAGGCCAGGGUGGUAACAGUUGGGUUUGUUAACGGUGGCCAAGCCGCAAAUGUCAUCCCAGAGACAGUGGAACUUAAAGGGACUUUUCGAAGCUUGACUUUAGAUGGUAUGCAUUACCUUCAGCAAAGGAUUAAGGAGGUCAUAGAGAUGCAAGCAUCAGUGCAUCAGUGUAAUGCAACAGUGGACUUCAUGCUUGAAAAAAUGAGGCCGUAUCCACCAACUGUAAUUGAUGAAGCACUCUAUGUACACAGCAAGAGUGUUAGUGAAGCCUUGGUUGGGGAACCAAAUGUGUAUCUUCUUCCAAUGACUAUGGGAGCAGAGGACUUUAGCUUCUAUACACAUAAAAUGCCAGCCGCAAUGUUCAUGAUUGGGACUACAGACCAUACCUUGGGAUCGAAUGCUACAAGUUUGCAUUCACCGUACUUGGUCAUUGAUGAGGAGGUACUUCCAAUAGGAGCAGCUCUUCAUGCUGCAGUUGCGAUCUCGUUCUUGGAUAACAAUACUGAUGCUGCUGCUGCCACUCAGUCAUUCACUAGUUAGUUAAUUAGGAACUUUUUCUGUGAAUAAUUCGCAUCAGAAUUCAGGAAAUUUGUGGAUGUCCAUUGCUAAAAAUGAAAAACGUGCAAGUAGAAAAGUUGAUGUCAAUACUAAAGUACAUAUGAAUAAAAUUACCCUUCAAGAUUA